AUGAGAGAAAAAGCGUCAUUCUCCCAAUCUCACUCGUUGCCACCAUUUCUUCUUAUCUUUGUUGAAAGCGGACAAAAUUAUCCGAAUAUGGGAAUGGUCAGUCGCUUUAAAAGCAAAAAGCAUCUUCCGUCCACACGGAGAGUUGAUGUCAUUGGAUUGUCACAUGAAGCAAAAGGAAAAAUCAUACGAUAUAUAAGUCUAGGGGCCAGAAGUCGUGGUGUGAGUAGUGUCUACUCAUGGUCAUUAAGUUUAAUACUCUCGAUGCUUUUUGGUUCGUUCUUCUCAGAGUCGUAUCACUUUCGCUUAUUACGUCAACAAAUGCGAAAGAUGUCGCAACGAAAGGCAACGGGAUCGCUUCCGGGCUAUCCAAGCCGACAGUUUUCCGUCCACCCUUUCUUUGAAUUUCAUGCUGUUUCAAAAUGGCGCCCAGUCACUUUCAUUUCAACAAAGAUAAGAAGAAAUGGUGGCAACGAGUGA